GCCAUCAAGCGCGGUUGCAGCGCUGGCGUGAGUUAUAGCAACUGUUGCCUUGUGAAUAAAGCGCCGUAGUCACCGUAGUCCUGGCGACUGUUACCCACCAACAGCUGCUCACAACAACAGCAACCGAGAUGCUGCCUGACCUUCUGUGUGUUUCCAGCUUUUUCUGUUUUUAUGCCAUAAUGAAAAAGCAGAAGCUGGUGGAAUUUGAAGAAUAUGAACAGUCUCUUCAGAAUACUGAAAAGGGGUGGAGAAUCUAUAUCUGGUGAUGGCAUUGUGGGUGAUAGAAAGUACCUGUUCAGUGUGCAGCUGAGAGGUUCCUGCCAAUACUGGUAUUAGAACUCACAAUUGGAGCACAAAGGUCACAAUAGCCCAAUAUGCAGACUUCUGAGGCUGGUUCAGACACCACUUCAACAGUGACAUUGCAGACCUCGGUGGCAGGACAACAGGCAGUGCAGGCCCAGGUGGUACAACAGGUUCCAGUUCAGCAGCAGGUACAGCAGGUGCAGCAUGUCUACCCAACACAGGUGCAAUACGUGGAAGGGAGUGAUGCUGUUUAUACCAAUGGAACUAUGCGAUCAACUACCUAUCCCUACUCGGAGGCCCAAAUGUAUAGCCAAAACACUGGAGGAACAUAUUUUGACUCCCAAGGAAACUCCGCCCAGGUGACAACAGUUGUCUCGUCCCACAAUAUGGUGGGUGCUGGUGGUAUUCCAAUGGGUGUCACAGGCGGUCAGAUAAUCAGCAGCUCAGGGGGUGCCUAUCUUAUAGGCGGGUCAAUGGAUGGAUCCAAUCACCCAGUCAGCCACACAACACGUGCUUCUCCAGCCACGAUUGAAAUGGCGAUUGAGACACUCCAAAAGUCUGAUGGUUUGACAGCUCACAGAAGCACUCUUCUCAACAGCCAUGCAGGGAUGCUACCACAGAGCCAAGCUGUUACUGUGAAGAAAGUGGAAAUGGAUACUUGGAAGAAAGCUGUCUUGCUUCAGUGGUUACUGGACAACUAUGAAACAGCAGAAGGUGUCAGCCUUCCUCGAAGCACUCUGUACAACCACUAUCUGCGUCACUGUCAGGAGCAGAAGCUUGACCCAGUGAAUGCAGCUUCUUUUGGGAAACUUAUUCGCUCCAUUUUCAUGGGUCUGCGUACCAGGCGGCUAGGCACAAGAGGAAACUCAAAAUAUCACUAUUAUGGCAUCCGGAUCAAGCCAGACUCCCCACUAAAUCGCUUACAGGAAGAUAUGCAGUACAUGGCCAUGAGACAACAACCCAUGCAUCAGAAACAGAGAUAUAAGCCUAUGCAGAAAUUGGAUGGAAUAGGGGACGGCUUCGCAGGAAGUGGACAACAGGUUCCAAAUUCUGCAGAACAAACCAUUGUAGCACAAAGUCAACAUCAUCAGCAGUUCCUUGAUGCCUCCCGUGCUCUUCCUGAAUUUAUAGAGCUUGAGGUUGGAGAUAGUUCCUUGUUGGAUGGCAUUACUGUUGAGGACAUCAGAACACUACAGAUUCUAUAUAGGGAACACUGUGAGGCAAUACUGGACGUAGUAGUGAAUCUUCAAUUUAGCCUCAUUGAAAAGCUAUGGCAAACAUUCUGGCACUAUAGUCCAUCCCCUACACCUGAUGGGACUACUAUCAAUCAAACAAGUGAGAAUGAAAUAGAAGGUAGACUUCCAAAGGCAAAGCUUAUUGCUCUGUGCAAGAAUGAUUCCGUCCUCAAGUGGAUGUGCACCUGCGAUCAUGUAAUGUACCAGGCUCUGGUGGAAAUCCUUAUCCCGGAUGUCCUCAGACCUAUUCCUAGUGCCUUGACACAAGCCAUUCGCAAUUUUGCAAAAAGCCUUGAAGGAUGGCUGACAAAUGCCAUGAACAAUAUUCCACAGCAAAUGGUUCGCACCAAGGUUGGAGCUGUAAGUGCCUUUGCUCAGACACUGCGUAGAUAUACAUCCCUCAAUCAUUUAGCUCAAGCUGCUCGAGCAGUGCUGCAAAACACAUCUCAAAUUAACCAGAUGCUGAGUGACCUCAAUCGUGUAGAUUUUGCCAAUGUCCAGGAGCAGGCUUCCUGGGUGUGUCAGUGUGAUGACAACACAGUACAAAGACUGGAACAUGACUUCAAGAUGACUCUUCAGCAGCAGAGCACCCUUGAGCAGUGGGCAGCCUGGCUUGAUAAUGUGGUGACACAGGUACUGAAGCCCUAUGAAGGGAGCCCUAGCUUUCCCAAAGCUGCUCGUCAAUUCCUGCUUAAAUGGUCCUUUUACAGUUCCAUGGUUAUUCGAGACCUGACCCUACGGAGUGCAGCAAGUUUUGGUUCUUUCCAUCUGAUACGCCUGCUGUAUGAUGAGUACAUGUUUUAUCUGGUGGAGCACAGAGUGGCUCAAGCUACUGGGGAAACACCAAUCGCUGUGAUGGGAGAGUUUACUGAUCUCAGCAUGAUGUCUCCAAUGAACAUGGACAAAGAUGAAGGAAGUGAGGUUGAGAGCGAAAUGGACGAUGAACUAGAAGAUUCUGGAGAACCACCUUUCAAGCGAGAGAAAAUAGACCUAAACCAGACAUUACAAGGGCAGGUCACCUCUACAACCCACACCUCCAAUCUCAUCUCAUUGAUUGAAACACCUGACUUCGAGAGCUUCCGUAGAAGGCAUUACCCCAGAGCUCCCACUUUAACAGGCAUUCUGGAUGUUCCCUGUGCCUCAUCCCAAGAUGUCUUCACCUGAUAUGUCCUUCCAGCGCACUUCCAGACUUCCAGCAAAGUUAUGGCAAGGGAUUUUUUUUUGUUACAUUAGGCUAACUUCAUGUUGCCAUAAAUAUAUUUGAUUUUUAAAAACAAAUAAAAUGAAAUGCCAUGUAAUUCCUACAUUAUAUUUUGAGGAAAAUUACAAAUACAACGCUACCAUAAAGCAACACACACUAAGUGCUGGAGGAAUUUAGCAGGUUAAGCAGCAUCUAUGGAAAUGAAUAAACUGUCAACAUUUUCAGGACUGGGAAGGAAGGGGGAAGGGGUGCCAGGGGGAAAACAUGUUGGGGGGGAAAGGGAGAUGAAGGACAGAUAAAAGAUGAUAGGUGAAACCAAGUGGGUGAGAAAGGUAAAGAGCUAGAGAAGAAGGAGGAGAGUGGCCUAUAGGAGAAAGGCAAAGAGGAGGGGACCCAGGGGAAAGUGAUAGGCAGGUGACCAGAGUGGGGAAUAGAAGAAGAGAGGAUGGGAAGAGGGAGGAAAACUUUUUUUACCAGAAGGAGAAAUCGAUAUUCAUGUCAUCAGGUUGGAGGCUACCCACAUGGUAUAAAAGGUUUUGUUUCUCCAAGCUAGGAGUGGCCUCAUUGUGGGAGCAGAAGAGACCAUGGACUGACAUGUGAGAAUAGGAAUGCAAAUUGGAAUUAAAAUGUUUGGCCAGCAGGAAGUUCUGCUUUCGGCAGAUGGAACAGAGGUGCUCAAUGAAGCAGUCUGCCAAUUUACGAUGGUUCUUGCCUAUGUAGAGGAGGCCACAUCAGGAGCACCAGACAUCAUCGAUGACCCAGCAAAUUUGCGGGUAAAGACUGUAAACAUGUUUUUCUUUUGUAAUAUGUUCUGCAGACCAGUUCACUCUCUACAUUAGCUCUUUAAAUUUGAAAUGGAAAUGGAGUGAUCAACUCUUAUCUGCUGGUUUUGCUCUGCUCUGACAUCUUGUGUGAACUCCGGUCUCAGGAACUACUAUAGAGUUACAGACCCUCAGAGGCUGAAGUCAAGACAACAGGAAGAUAGAAAUUUUCAUCAGUUGCUUAAGUGAAGAUCAUUACACAAACCUUAGAUACUGGAAAUCGAAAGUUAAAAUAGUAAAUGCUGGAAAUGCUCAGUAGGUCAGGCUGCAUCAGUGAAGAGUUAAUGCUUCAGGUCAAAGAUCCUUUGACAGAACUGGGAAGGAGAGAAGCUUGUUGAGACGCAGAGAGGGUGGGCUAGUGACAGGGGUAAAAAACAGAAUGACCACGGGAAUAAGAUUUAGACGAGGUUCUGUGCUCAGUUAGAGACACCGUUUAAGUGAUUUUCACAUUGUUACUGUGGAGUUUUAGUUAACUAGACAAGUUUCUUUAAAAAAACAAAUAUUGCGUUCUGUAGAUCUGCCAUUGCUCUCUGCAAUAUCUUGAUCUGCUAGCGCAUGUUGCUCUCUCAUCCAAACUCAGUAGCAGAAUCAUUUGGUCUCUGAACAGCAAGUUAACCAUGUCAAUUCCAAUUGCAUCCAAUAAUAUUAAUGAAGGUAAGCAUUCAACACCUUGAACAAGUUAUCAGCCUAAAACCAAGCCCAUGUAAUUUUUCUCCAAUGCAUCCCAACCAAGGAACAAACAAACCUGCUGGAAGAACUCCACCGAUCGAGCAGCACCUGUGGGAGGAAAGGAGUUGCUGGCUUUCGGUUAAAACCCUGCAAUGGGACUGAGAGCAGAGAGGCGAGGCAAAAUGGCCAGCGGACAGGAGGAUGGGAAAGGUGAGAAAGGACUCUGAGGCAAUUGGUGGACUGAGGGGCAUGUAGUGCCAGAUGGCAGAGGUGUGCAACAUUGGAGAUGGAAAUCUAUGGCAGGUGAAUGAUAGGCCUAUAACGACAAAGGGAAAAAGGAAAAGUUUGUGUGUGUGUGUGUGGGGGGGGGGGUGGCGGGG